AUGAGCCAAGGCAAUGAGGAUUGGGGAGACAUGGUUCUCCCGGGUGUUUACAUGAUUCGGCGGUCUACAGGUGCUGGAAUGACAAGCGGAACUGUACAACUAGAUAAAACUGUGAAUUUGGAGCUUGUUCACCUCCAGAUCGAUGAGACAAAAAAGUAUGUUGAGCUACUCGAAAAGAGCAACAAAGACAUUGCUACGUAUUUAAAAGAGCAGCGAGAGAGCCGUUCCACAGAGGAGGGUGGUGGUGGUGCUGGUUCGAUGAUUGCGCUCUCUGGCGAUAUGGAGGAAGAGGACAAUGAUUCAGUUUUUCGUGAGGCAUUAGAGGAAAACGAACUGGUCAUUGCGAGAAAAAAGAGGGAGCUGGAACAGCUGCGUGCGCUCAUCGGCGGGCAGCGCUGCGGCUGCUCGUGCACGCACACUCAGCACCACGAUCCUCAGUCGAUUACAGCUCCAAGCAGUGAAACAAGAAUUUCUCUGUGA